AUAUAAAAAGAGAAGGAGAGAAAGAAAGAGAAGAAGGUCUGGUGUGUAGUUUGUGCUAACCCAGAACCUGCAAUCUCUGAAUAGGAUUUGGGUUGAGUUCUCUCACUCUUCUCGCUUUUUCUGUUAUGCGCGUUGUGAUGUGUGCGUGAAUAUGAUCCAAUUUGAUUGAAUAGUGUUAUAGUUUUCGAAUGUGUUGUGAUGUGAUGUGUGAAAUGACAAAGGUGUUAGCAAUUGUGGUUGCAUCUCUGAUCUAACGUAACAUUCUCCAUCAAAUCCAAAGUGUAGUGUGGUGUAGUGUAGGGUAAUGGAGAGAGACAAAGACAACAAAUCCCCUCCUCUGCCACCUUCAUCUUCCUCGUCCCAACCUUUCAGCCAUGACAUCGUCGGAAUGCCCGAUAAUCCACCCAAAAACAGGGGCCAUAGACGCGCCCAUUCCGAGAUUAUCACCCUUCCCGAUGACCUCACCUUCGACACUGAUCUCCCCCUCGAUGACGACUUCCUCGCCCUCGUAGAUCAUAUCCAUUCCCCUCCGUUGCCUGAAGAUGACAACAAAAUCAUCGUCAACAACAACGAUUACAUCGGCAACAAUAACGAUAACAACGUUCGUAACGAAAGGCCGAGGGUUAGACACCAGCAUAGCCAUUCCAUGGAUUUGUCCAUCCAGCCGGAGAUGCUGGUCUCCGGUGCCGAUGACGUGUCCGGCGUGGAUACCAAAAGGGCUAUGUCGGCUGACAAGCUUGCUGAGCUUGCCUUAAUUGAUCCCAAGCGGGCUAAAAGGAUAUGGGCAAACCGACAGUCUGCUGCAAGAUCAAAAGAAAGGAAGAUGCGUUACAUUUCUGAGCUUGAAAGGAAAGUGCAGACAUUGCAAACAGAAGCAACAUCCUUGUCUGCACAAUUAACUCUCUUGCAGAGAGAUACAAACGGACUAAAUGCUGAAAACGGUGAGUUGAAGUUGCGUUUGCAAACAAUGGAGCAACAGGUUCACUUGCAAGAUGUAAUUUUACCAUGAGUUUUUAUGCUGCGCCAAAUGUUUGAUCAACUUUCCUGUUUUUGGGUGGGGUUGCUCCGUAGCAUGUGCAGAAGUUUGAAGGUAAUCAACAGUGUGAAAACAGUGGUUAAAUUAAAUUGAACCUCUAAUUUAUUUCAAAACGAUUAAAGGAAAAUCUAAAACUGAUUAUGGUGUACGUUUGCAUAUUGCUACUAGCACUUUUGAAUUUAUUAUUUAAGUUGAUGAGGUAUUUUGUUUUUUCACCCUAAAUUUAAGGUUUGUGCUUUUUAUUUUUGUGACAUCAGUUAGACUGCCCGUGGAAUUAGUGCAUAAGUCUUAAGAUAAAGCCACCUCCCUUGUGUAAAGCAGGCUGGUAAGAUAAAUUUUGUUGGUUUCUUGGGUGCAUUUGAAACUUGCUCUUCUGGUUGGAAAUGUGAUUUCAUAAUUUCUGUUAAUAUCUAUUUUAGGAUUGAAGCAAUAAAAUUCAAAUUUACUAUCCAUGUAGAGUUUAGCCUGAUUUCCUCUGUUACAAGAAUUAAUUCCUGGCUUUUUCUACGCCCUACAGCAUUAAAUGAUGCAUUAAAAGAAGAAAUUCAGCAUUUGAAAUUAAUGACUGGACAAGCCAUGCCAAAUGGAGGACAUACAAACUUUGCUUCAUUUGGUGGUGGGCAACAAUUCUAUCCCAAUAAUCACGCCAUGUACACUCUUUUGGCUGCACAAAAGUUUCAACAACUUCAAAUUCAAUCCCAGAAGCAGCAGCAGCAUCAACUUCAGCAGCAACAACAACAGUUUCAGCAGCAACAACUUCAGCAUCAACUGCAACAGCAACACCAACAACACCAACAACACC